UCUCACAGAACUAGUCGACCGUGACUCCUCGCCAUAUUGUCGAGUGUGGUUGUCAAUAGACGGCCCAAUCAUUGGAUCUGUUCACAGGGUAGGUAACACUACACUACACCUACCUACGUGCGGGUUACAAUAUCCCUGUCGAUAUAUCUCCUGAUAUCAGUCAGGAUUAGACUGUACGGGAGCCUGUCACGUGACCACAGAACGCCCCACUGAUGGCCAUAUAACACAACCCACAACAAUAUGGCGGAGACGACGUUUGCUGGGUUACCCGUGUUCCCUGCGGCUAGGAUUGAACAAUUCCGGGCCAUGGAACCUGCUAUAUUCCACGAGAAAGAGCUUGUGUUGGACACCGCUAGGUGUCGCCAACUUGUCCACCAGCUGAAGCGCGAACUUAUGUUAGGAAUUGCUGGUGAGGGAAUACAUAUGGGUGGGGAUGGACCCCUUACAUUAUUCCAAAUAGGAACAUUUCAUGGAAAGGUCUACAUCUUUGAUACGCUUGUGAAUGUGGAGUUAUUCGAUAAAGGAGGAUUGCGAUUUCUACUGGAAUCUGAAGAUAUACUGAAGGUAACACAUUCAUCAUGCCAACUGAGCGCCGCCCUCUUCUACCAGUUUGCUGUGAGAUUGAGGAACGUCUUUGAUACCCAGAUUGGUCAUCUGCUGAUAGAGGAAGACAAUGGCCGGCGUCUGCCCAACAGACUCAGUCUGUCCGAGGCGUGUCAGUCUUACUCCGAAAACGCACACCCAUACGACUGGCGAGCCGAUGUCAAGGAAAUGUGGAUGUCGCGUAUUGGAGACUACUGGUCACAGCGCCCCCUGACGGAUGAGAUGGUAGAGUACGCAGCAGGGGACGUAAUGGCAAUUAUACCAGACGUCUUUAGAAACCAGAUGGAAUAUAUUGAAAGACGAAGCCUGAAGAAAAAGUUCAAGAUGCUCGUUGAGGAGGAGAUCCUUAGUGAAAUCAAUCAGGUGAUGAAACAGCUUCGUGGAGAGAGGAUCGAGAAGGCGGUGCGUCAGGUCCUUCGGGAGGUUAAUGAGAAGUACGAGGAGAGUACUGAUAUCUUCAAGAUCUUAGGUGGAGACGAGUUUCACGCUCUUAUGCUCAUCCCAUACGAGGACGCAGAGACAGUGUCAUCAAAAAUUGUCAAAUUCAAGACACGAAUUGUCGAAAAAGAGUUGGAGGAGAUUGAAAAUGAUCUCCGACUCAAACAAGAUAUGAUUCGAUCACGACCUCUGCUAGAUUUGGACUUACAAUCGUACGAGGUACAUCCUGACGCACAAAUUCGCGUCCGGGCCAAGGACAUUCGAAAGGAGUUGCACGAGACGAUUCUCUCCUCGAUCGGAAGGAGGUAUUCCGGGCUGGCUUCUCCACACAUAAUGUCGGAAACGGAACGGCAGGCUCUACGCACGCUCCGUCCCAAAUCAGAGUUCGACAGCGCCAUAGAUGGUAUCGUCCUUGCGAUGCAUUGGCUUGUGAUUGAUUUUGACCUUGAGCAGGCAUUGUUUAAUAUCAAGUAUGGGAACCCCGAGUAUAGGAUCACGGAGGAUUUUGUUGAAAGGGUUCAGGAUUAUGUCUUGAUAGACUCUAAUGUUUCAGAUGGGCUCAAACAGAAGUCAAAAAUGUUACUGAAAGUGUUAGAGAAGAAUGGUGAUAAAAUUGAAAAGCAACAAACUCCCGACAGAAAAGUAACAUUUAGUGAAGACACCGGAUUUUAAUUGAAACUUCUUCUUGCAAUCAUGCCAAUAGUUACAGUGAAUGGUUUGUGCUAUGUGUAAAUCACCAGUUAAGUAUUCCAAAAAGUUCAGUUUACACAUCAAAUUGAGUAAAUAACAAAGAAGGUCUGUUAGAACAAUAAUGUAUAUUUUAAUACCAGGAAGAAUUAGAUCCAACGUCGGCUAGUGGUAUGUGAGGCGAAGUUCAGCGUAGCGCAGUUGAAGGAUUCCUAAAGAGAAUUUAAAAGCCCGUCCACAAGAGCAAACGAAAUUAUAACAAGAGCUGAGAAGACAUCAUCAGAUGAAAUAUUUUGUAAACAAAUAUAUCUGUAUGUCAUAAGAUAUGUACGCAAACAAUCGCAAAGCAUGGUGUCGGGUUUGGCGAAAUUAUUUUUUCGUACGUUGCAUCAGCAUAUCAGUGUUGUUGUCUUAAUAACAAUGUCACUAAACUACCAUGCAACGGUUUCUUAUACCGUUUUGGUUAUUUCUAUCUGGUUCAAUAAGCUGUAGUGGUCCUGUAACGAUCUCGUAAUAAGCGGGACCUUAUGUGUACGAAAUUAUUUUUAAAUAGAGACAUAAUCCUUCUUCUACUGCUACUACUUCAACUUCUUUUUCUUCUGGAUGCUAGUGUGCAUCUAUUUCUGAUGAUAUUUACUAUGGCGUUGACGAAAAGAAAACGCACAUUAUUUUUGUUGAUUUAAUAUACGAUAAACGAUUAAAUAGAGGGAUAAUUUAGGGUUGUGGGAAGUAAGACACUGUAAGAGCGGCUUCAAAAGCAUCAACAAUGUCACAGAAACGAUAGACUGAGGGAUUGGACUCCAUGUUGUUAGGAUAGAAUGAAUGUUUAUAACAUACGAUAUUGUUUAUUUUCUUUUAAUAACUGGCACAGACCGCAAACCAAAAGUAAAAUCAAUAUGAAAACGUAAACAUUAGAUCAGCCUCAUAAUGUUUUACUUUCUUUAAAUAGUACCGUAUUUUUCCUGAUAUAAAACCUAUAGCAGCAAAAUAAAUCUGCAUUUUUAAAUCAUGUUGACUAAAAAUUCUGUUGAAAUUGAUUUUCACCUAAUGGGCUGCAUUUGCGCGAAUUUGAUAUUUGCAUUUUUAUUUGAGUCUCUUGUAGAGUUUUUGCGGUAAACUUAUAUUCUCUUAUACAGUAUUUAAUGCAGGAUAAAAAUCUUGUUUCAUUAACCCAAUAUGUAUAUUUGCGGCUGUGUCAACGUAAAGAAUGUUGUUUUCUCUUUUGUCAUUGCCUGAAGGUGUGUUCGCAACUGAAUGUAUAACAAAAUGUUAUUUGUAAGUAAAAUUGUUGCACUAGAUCUUGUAGAUAUUUAGUGAAUAUUCUUCGAAUUAACAUCACAUUAGCAGUUUUUCUUUUAGACUAAACUUCACAAGAUAAUGUAUGAUUAAUCAGUGUUUUGUUUGUGAUCAAUUUGUAUUAAAGUCCCUUGUCCCACUACUUGCAAAAGAAUAGAACUUUCAGUUUUUUCUUACAUAGAGUUACCUCCCCUUUAUUUCAUUUUGAUAUAAAUGUAGUGCGACUUGAUCGGGGUACUACUAUUGACAAGGUAGUUAAAUUGGUUAGAGUGACUGUUUAAUGAUAGGAUUUCAAGGGUUCUGCUAUUUGCCCUCCUAUAUUUUAUACUUAGAACAAUGUUGUUAUAACUGUUGUCUGUUUUAUCUUUAUUAUUUUUUCCAUACAAGACCCACAAGGGUUUUUUUUCUUACCAUAAUCAAAGUUAUAGGCAUGCUUGAACAGUGCAUAGUUCCAGUUCUCGACAGUCGCAGAGGAUUCUUAAUAAUAGACCAAAGUGGAAAUAUAUUCAAAUGUUCUUUUCCCGAGCAAAUAUCAAAAUAUUAAGGUAUUUUUGUCUGAUAGCGAACAUAAUGCUUGCAGGAUCAUGCUUCAGAUUAACUUAGAAAAGGUUUUAAAGUGUUAGUGAUUUUUAAUAAUCCUUAUGAUAAUAUAAUAAUAAUACCUCGAUGUUCUAAUAUACCGCUUCAGCACAAUCUAGAUCUUAGGUUGUCUCAAAGCGGUUCACAAAUUAUUAUCCGUGGUUAUAGGGCCUAUGCAACCAGCCAAUAUCUUUCUUAACUCCCUGGGGAGCAUACAUCCGGUGCUGCCAUCACAGCUAGUAUUCUACAAUUCUAGCAAUGCUAAACCACGUACUCGUUUACAGCUGAGUAGACUGGAACAAACGAAGUAAAGUUUCUUCAAGGAUACAACACAGUGCCAUGACAAGAUUUUAACCUGCGAUCCUUCAGUCACGAGCCUGGCGUCCUACCGUGUCUCCUAAGCCUAUACCAAAGCUAUAAUCGAAGGCAUACUUUCAUAUCGAUACUGGGAUGUUUCAGUUUCGAGAUGUUUUAGUAUUUUCAAAAGCUGUUUGGUAAUUUGAAAAGAUAUUUUAACACUAUGGUGAAUAUGUUCUUGGUAGGGAAAUACAACCAUACAAUGGUACAUUUUAAUUUACUGAGUUUGGUUGACUGAAGUUCUUCAAAGUUUUUGUCGUUCCGUCCAUGAUUUUGAUAUCCGAUGUAUUUCAAUCGGUCCUGAUAUUGUGUCAUUUGAUUUAAAUCUUUUUGUUAUGUUAUUUUUUCAUUAUGUACCAAGUGCUAAAAAAUCUGUGUCAUGUUCAAAACAAUUAAAUUCAUCUUGACCUCGUUGUAUUAAGCUCUUAUUUAGCAUUGUAAUUGCAAUAACAUUUGCUGCAUUUUUGUUAUUUUAAUGUAUUUAAAUAUUGUUUGCUCAAGCGGACGCCGUCCUGUUGCAAUUAAGUGUUUUUCUAUGCGUUGAGUUAAAGGACUCGUCGUCACUGUAUGACUAAAAUGUUUUGAAGUUUUGUCUUUUACUUUUAGUAUAUUCUCAUGUUCCUUUUUAAAUAUUAUCCACAUUGUUAUAGCUAUUCAGAAAUCGUGCGUAAUAAACUGUUUAAAAUC